AUGGUCCUGACGGCUUUGGCUCUCCUCACCCCGCUCGCUUAUUCUACGCUCUCUAAUGCUCUCCCUUUCGAUUCUAAACCCUCUCGUCACGUCCGUCGUCAGAGCGGAGGUUUCAAUUGGAACUCUCUGGCUUGCUAUACGGACAAUGUAGCUGCCCGUACCUUCACCGGUGCUCAGCUCGUGUCCGAUUCGAUGACCACGUCCAUGUGCCAGGCUUUCUGCUACUCCAAAGGCUUCAAGUAUGCCGGAACUGAAUGGAGCACGGAAUGCUACUGUGACAACGAGUUUCGCAACAAUGGCGUACAAGCUGAUAGUGGAUGCGACAUGGAAUGCUCCGGUGCUUCUGGAGAAACUUGUGGUGGCGGCGUUCGCCUCUCUGUCUACGAAAACACCGGCACCCUUUCCCCGCCAGUGCGCACGUACCCUGGUUGGACCUCGAAGGGAUGCUAUACCGACUCGGUCGCAAAUCGUGCUCUCUCUACCCAAGUAUAUGUCGAAGGCGGCAUGACGAUCGAGAAAUGUACGACCAAAUGCCAGAGCCUUGGCUUCCCGCUCGCUGGUGUCGAAUUCGCCAACGAAUGCUUUGCGCUGCCACUAUUGGCUCUUCGGGGACCCCAACGACAACAGGAUGUGAUAUGGCGUGCGCCGGAAGCCCCGACGAAACGUGCGGCGCAUGCGGCAUCUCCUCUUCCAUCGACUGGUGACUGGGUUCUUGAGGGUGCUACUGGAUGCCACGCUGACGCCGUCUCAAACCGUGCCCUCGGUCUCCGCGUCUACGUCGAGGGCGCGAUGACAGUACCAAAGUGCACUGAAAAAUGUUUCUCUUUGAACUACGGAUACGCGGGCGUCGAAUUCGCUGACGAGUGCUAUUGCUCCAAUUCGAUUGGCUCGUCUGGUGUUCCAGCCACGGAUGGGUGUACUAUGCCAUGUUCCGGAGAUGCAACUACUGUCUGCGGUGGCGCAGACAGGAUCACAGUCUACAAAUAUCAAGGCAACGUGCUCACCGCUCAACCUACCGUCCUUGAGUCGUACAACAACUUUGUCAGCCAAGGAUGCUACGUUGACUCUGUCCAUGCUCGUCUCAUGACCCCGGUCGAUGUCGUCGGCCAAAUGACCGUGGAAAAGUGCAUCGACACCUGUUCCAACGCUGAAUAUGACGUGGCUGGUGUAGAAUUCGGUUCCGAAUGCUAUUGCUCUGUCGCUCUUCCAGCAGAGAGCAACAAGGCUACAGACAACUGUAACAUGGGAUGCGCAGGAGAUGCCGCUCACCUCUGUGGUGGUGCGAAUCGCUUGAACGUCUAUCACUAUCAGUCACCAUCUACAGUUACAACGAGCACGCAAACGGAGACGAGCACAGAGACGUCGAGUACAUCCACCUCCACCUCGACUCCAGUUUCCUACUACCCUUGGACCUCUAUCGGCUGCAUGCUUUGGAGUCAUAGAGACCCACCGGGAUGGUCGCUAGAAGAUGGUUUCCCUCACGUUUCUCAGCGUGAACUAGGAGGCCGGGACUGUCUCGACUACUGCGAGAGUCGAUCAUACAAGACAGCACUCAUCUCUGGAGGUACUUGCGAUUGCGUCCACAGUCCCCCUCCGUUUACAAGCAUCUCGGACGGAGAUUGUCCAGUCACUUGCUUUGAUAAUCCUCAACAGGUUUGCGGUGGUGGAGGGCAAGAUGGAGUCACAUCUGUUUCGGUCUACACUCGGACGUAUGAGGUGGCAUGCUCCAAGACAGAUUCCACACCCGGCGUCGAAGGUGCUUGGGAAACGUUUGGCAACCAUUACGGUCUCCAGAACGUGGACCAGAUCAUCCAACUCGCACACGGCGUUAGGACGGUGGAGAAUCUCAAACGUUUUUGCGGCAUCACCGAUCCAGAAGAACUCGAGAGAGAGGCGACAAGAUUCGAGAUGGAGAUUGUUAGCGCAAGCAAGCGCAAUGGGAGGCAAGGGAUUAUCAUCCUCCCAAACGUAAAGGCGACUCUGGCGCCUCUCCAGGAAAGGAGAUCUGGGCUAUCUGCACUUCCGGCAACUACACAUGCAUAUGCAAAUGCAGCGCUUGAGAACACAGGUAUCCAGCGACCCACAGCGUUUGUGGCAGCCGAGGACGUGGAAAGAGGCAAACCUGACCCGGCACCAUACUUGGCGGGUGCUCAGAAGUGCGGGGUGGAUGUGUCUGCAUGCCUUGUAGUUGAAGAUGCUCCAAACGGAAUACGAAGUGGGAAAGCCGCAGGUGCGAAAGUGCUCGCAGUGCUCACAAGCCACUCGAGGGAGGCGGUUGAGGCAGCGAAGCCAGAUUGGAUUGUCCCAGACUUGACUUAUGUUUCAUUUACCGUCAAUGAUGGUAUUGUCGAGCUGACUAUCAACGAAAGCGCAUAG